UCGCUUUCUAUGGGUUUCUAGGUAUACAACUUCCGGUUAGAUUCCUGGUAGAUAGUUGAGUAGGGGAUGGUGUAAAGCAUGCCGCCGGUUCAUCGUUCGAGGAGCCGGAGCUCCAGUGCUUCUCCAAGGAGGAAGCGCUACGGGACUGUCAACAGAUCUCCAGAUAAGCAACCACGGAGAUCCAGAUCUCGCGAGCGGGCCCCUGCAAAUGGUCACCGCCGGAGCCGUUCCAGGGACCGGGUUUCCUCAAGCAGACCUCACCACGUAAAGCAAAGGGAUGAUUACUACGAGAAGGAAAAAGAGGAGAUGCUGAGGCAAAGACAGGAAGCCUUUAUCGCGAGACGUUUAAAUGAGCGAGAGAGGAUCGGAGAGCUUGGAGCCCCAGAAGUUUGGGGUCUUUCACCAAAAGUUCCGGAACCUGACUCCGAUGAACACACUCCUGUGGAAGAGGAGGAAAAAGCCAAACAGAGCAGCAGUUCAGAUUCCUCUCUAGAAGAAAGGAAGAAGAAGAAGAAAAAGAAAAAAAAGAAGAAAUCAUCCAAAAAGAAGCACAGAAAACACUCAGAAGAUAGCGACAGCUCCACCGAGUCAGAAAGCAGUGAUGAAGAUAGUAAAAAGAAAUCAAAGAAAAGGAAGAAAAAGCACAGAAAAAAGAAAUCUAAGAAGAAGAAAAGCAAGAAGACGAGAAAAGAAACCAGCGAUUCAAGCAGUGAAGAAUCCAGUGAUGAACAGAUGGAGGAAGGGGGAGAAUGGGUUGAAAGAAAAAAAAUUGACGCAGAUGACUCUGGUUUUGUGGGUCCUGAGGCUCCAAUUACACACCUAUCACAAGAUGAUAAACCCCUAAACUACGGACAUGCUCUGUUGCCUGGUGAAGGUGCAGCCAUGGCAGAGUAUGUGAAGGCUGGAAAGCGCAUCCCUAGAAGAGGAGAAAUUGGUUUAACCAGUGAUGAGAUUGCAUCAUUUGAGAAGUCUGGCUAUGUGAUGAGUGGUAGCAGACAUCGACGUAUGGAGGCUGUGCGUCUGCGUAAGGAGAACCAGAUUUAUAGCGCAGAUGAAAAGAGAGCCUUGGCUUCCUUCAACCAAGAAGAGAGGAGCAAACGGGAAAACAAGAUCUUAUCCAGCUUCCGGGAGAUGGUUUACAGAAAGACCAAAGGGAAGGAAGAAAAAUAGGCAUUGAGGCAUAAAUCGGCUUAUACAUCCUAGUAUGGAGCAUUGAGUAAGAUGAUUCUUCUAAGAAAAAAAAAAAAUGUACUGAUUUGUAAUUGGUUUUAGUCGAGUACAAGAUUUCAUUAAGUAAUAUGUUGUAAGAAUAUCUGUUGUUAAUACUGUAAAUAUUUGGUGAAAACAAACUUUUUAAUAAAUUGCAUUAUUCA